CCAGCUAGUUUUAUUAUUCUAAAAUCAAAAUGAGAUUAAUCUCCGAUGUGAUGUCGAGGCGAGUCUUGCCUACAUGUGGUACCCUGUGUGUCUUUUGCCCUUCGUUGCGUGCAAGGUUCCGGCAGCCUGUCAAGAGGUAUAAGAGGUUGAUUGCUGAAAUAUUUCCUCGCAACAAGGAGGAUGGACCAAAUGAUCGAAAGAUCGAAAAACUAUGUGAAUAUGUUUCGAAAAAUCCUUUACGCAUCCCAAAGAUCACUGAAUCGCUCGAGCAAAGGUGCUACAAGGAGUUGAGGAAUGAGAAUUUUCAAUCGGUGAAAAUUGUUGUGUGCAUUUACAAGAAGUUGCUGCUUUCUUGUCAGGACCAAAUGACACUAUUUGCUACUAGUUUACAGAGCAUUAUACAGACUUUGCUGGAUCAAACACGGCAGUAUGAAAUGCAAACUCUAGGAUGUCAGAUUCUUUUCGACUUUGUAGUUAAUCAGAAGGAUAGGACUUUCAUGUCAAACUUAGAAGCCUUUAUUCCAAAAGUUUGUCAGUUAGCUCAAGAAAUCGGGGAAGGCGAAAGGGAGACGAAUCUACGUUCAGCUGGGCUGCAAGCUCUUUCUUCAUUGAUUUGGUUAAUGGGUGAACAUUCCCACAUUUCAGCAGAAUUUGAUAAUAUUGUUUCAGUUGUCUUGGAAAAUUAUGGUGUCCCAGUGAAAAGUUCGGAGAAUCUUAACAGUGGCCAAAGUCGAUGGGUGCAAGAAGUGCAAAGAACCGAGAGUCGUACCACUCCGUCGCAAAAAGUUCUCAUAAAUGUUCCUUCAUGGCGUAGAAUUAUAAAUGCUAAGGGGGAACUAAAUGUCUCAGUGGUAGACGCCCGGAAUCCUUGCUUCUGGUCCAGGGUUUGCUUACAUAACAUGGCAAAACUAGCAAAGGAAGCUACAACAACACGACGUGUUCAUGAGUCUAUGUUUCAUUACUUCGAUAAGGAAAAGUUAUGGUCCGCUGAAAAUGGUCUUGCCUUGCCGGUGUUAAGGGAAAUGCAGCUUUUAAUAGAUAGUUCUGGACAGAAUGCACACCUUCUGCUGUCCGUACUAGUUAAGCAUCUCGAUCACAAAAGUGUCCUCAAACAACCUGACGUGCAACUUCAAAAUUUAGAGGUUAUAACAUCGCUUGCUAGAGAUUUGAAAGUUGAGGCCUCUGUCGCAAUACUCAGUGCAGUUAGUGACUUUAUGAGGCAUUUACGAAAGAGCAUACAUUGCUCGCUUGACGAUGCAACUAUGGGAACUGAAAUCAUAAAUUGGAACAAGAGCUUCAAAGAAGCAGUGGAUGAUUGUCUAGUACAGUUAUCGCAUAAGGUUGGUGAUGCAGGUCCAAUUCUUGAUGCUAUGGCUGUGAUGUUGGAGAAUAUCCCAAAUAUUACAGUUAUAGCAAGAACUACAAUCUGUGUUAUUUAUCGCACGGCUCAGAUCAUAGCCUCGAUUCCAAAUCCAUCCUACCUAAACAAGGCAUUCCCCGAGGCUUUGUUCCAUCAAUUACUCCCGGCUAUGGUCCACCCUGACCAUGAAAUACAAAUUGGAGCCCACCUCAUCUUUUCUGUUGUUCUUGUGCCAUCUUCGGUUUGCCCUCAACCAUCCUCUGUUACUGGAGUAACAAAUAAAGGCCCUGGUAUUCCAAGAACGCUUUCGAGAACUGUCUCUGCCUUUUCUUCUUCAGCUGCCCUUUUCGAGAAGCUAAAGAAAGAGAAAUCUUUCUCAUGGGAGGAUGCUUGUCUAGAGAAUAAAGAAAAUGCUGCUAGUGAGGAGCAACUAGAAAAUUUUCAAAAUGGGAUUCUGAAUAGAUUAACGUCAUCUUACAGUAGAGCAUACACUACAAUAAGUCCGCUGGUACCGUUGGCAACAGACGAAAAUCCUCCGAGCAAUUCAAAAACAGAAUCUGAGGCCAAUUCCUUACGGCUUAGUAGCACCCAGAUUAGUCUCUUGCUUACAUCAAUUUGGGCACAGUCUAUCUCUCCUCAAAAUACACCACAGAACUAUGAAGCAAUCGCUCACACAUACAGCCUUGUGUUGCUCUUCUCUCAAACCAAGAAUUCUAGUAACGAGGCUCUCAUUCGUAGUUUCCAGCUAGCUUUGUCACUGAGAAGCAUCUCUCUCGACGAAGGAGGGUCACUUCCACCUUCACGUCAUAGAUCUCUUUUCACCUUGGCAACUUCAAUGAUCCUCUUCUCAUCAAAAGCUUUUAAUAUUCGCCCUAUCGUCGAUUGUGCCAAGGUUGCACUUACAGAAAAUAAUGGACGAUCCAUUUUUGCGCUUGGUGGAUGAUCGUAAGUUACGAGCAGUUAACACUGUGCCUGACCAUCCAACAAAUGUUUAUGGAUCUAAAGAAGAUGGUGCUUUGGCUUUAAAAACUCUCUCAGAAAUUCAGAUAGCCCCAGAACAAUGUAGGGAAACUCUUGCUUCCGAAAUCGCAAAAACUUUUGGAAACUUGUCGGAGCCUGAAUUGUCCACUAUAAAGGAACAUCUGUUGAAUGAAUUCUUGCCCGACGAUGUGUGUCCACUAGGUGCCCCAAUUUCCUAUGGAUGCUCCUCAUGUAGUAUAUCAAACUGGUGCUGAAGACAAUAAAUCUAUUGAGGUAGAUAUCCCUUGCAUCACCUUCUGAAUUUUAUCGACCAAAUUGCUUGGAACCAUUUGGAACCAUUUGAAGGCCGAACCAAGGAUAGUUCGUUUUUUUCUGGAGAAAUUCCAAGACUUGUGGAUGUCAAUCAACUCCUAGAAUCAGUACUGAAGACAGCACACCAGUUCGGAAGAAGUCCCAUCUCCAGUGGACCAGACUUGUCUUACAAGGAAAUAGCCCGUCAUUGCGAGGCACUCGUAACAGGAAAGCAACAAAAGAUGUCUCCUCUAAUGAGCACCCGGCUGAGACAAGAAAACUUGAUUAGCUUAUCUUUUCAACAUCCAUAUAACAUGACAAAACAGGCGAGUCCGGUCCUUGAGCGAAUCGACAGUACCAAUCCACUCAAACAACCGCUCGGCACUCUUCCGAUGCCGUGUGCAACUGAGUACCAUAAUCAUCCACCCUCCUUCAGUUUACCAGCCUCAACUCCAUAUGAUAACUUUCUAAAAGCUGCAGGAUGUUGAUCCUAUAGUAUAGAGUUAAAUUUUCGAAGCAAAAUGUUCCGGCGAUUGUUCCAUGAGGAAGAAAGAAAAUUUUAGGACAGCAUUGGC